UUAUUUAAUUAUUUCACUAUUUACUUUAUCAUUUCAUGGUCCCUACACCAGCAGUGCAUCAUGAAAUCAUUUCAUCUGUCACUGCUGCUCGUCAAAGUUUCUAACAUCUGAUUGGUUACUCAGCAAAGCAAGUCAUGACAGAUCGAUCCCAGAUAAUGGAUUGAAGCAGUGAAUGCACUCCGAUACGUUAGGUGACAGUGUUCAUCCGUAUAUUCGUUUCGGUACGCUCUUCAUUUGUCGCCGAAAAAAUAGUUGCUGAUGAUACAAGUGAAGACGGAUCAAUCAGCUCACCAUUGGUGCAAAGUGUUAGUGCAGGAUGUCCAAAAGCUCUCCGGAGCACAGGUACAGCAGAUACCUGUCGCUACACCACGUACACCUGUUCAAGGUAGGUAAGGAUAGCCAGAUGUGCUUCUAAACGAAGCUAGCUAGUCGGCAGAAUGGUGUUAGCAUGUCAGCAGCCCUGAAGUUGGACUUUUAUCACUUCUUUCUUUUUAGUUGUUGUUUGCUUUCUUUAUUACAUUUAUCAGGACUUAAGGAUGUUUUAGCUGAGUGGCGAUCAUGGGAGCUGUAACAUUUUCUCUGUGUUGCAGCCGAAGUAGCAAGGCUGUUUGCUCCAUACAACAACAACAACAACAACAACAACAACAACAACAACAAGGCUGAUAAAGUUCCAAGCAUUCAGCUUAAAGCAGACCUUCUUGCUUCAGGACUUGGAGAACAAAGGAAAUGACAACGAUCCCAUGGUUGUAACAAACAAACUGAUGGAGGUGUUUCCAAAGCUGCAAGAAGGGGGAGGCUUUGAGUUUCUAAAAAUUGCAGGAUCUACUCGCAGUCGAAAUCUUGGACUUCUUCAAUGUCCCAGCACAGGAUACACCCUUACCUAUCUAAAAGAUCCAUCUCCAACAAUUGGACAGGCUACAAUUGACAUACGCCCACUUCAACAGGACCUACCCAUUGAUUCAGUAUGGAAAUUUACACUGUCACCAUUUGAUACAUAGUUCAAAUAAAUUGCACUGUGGAGUUUUAAUCAAUACUUAACAGAUUUGUUGUUCUUAGGAAAGCUCGGGACAUGCCUCUGGUCCAGAAGGAGGUUCCCUUCUCUGAAAUGAAACUGCACCGAGCUAACUGGGAUGGCUAUGCACUUGUUAAAGAUAUAUAAGAAUUACAUAUUCAUUUUUCAAUAAGAAAUGUCUUUUUAGUUUUUGUGCACACAGAUGAGAGGAAAUGACUAUAACAUUUUCUGAACUUCAAGGACCCCCAUGCAGGAAACACAUAGAGAAGGAGAGGGAGACCGUGGUGAGGAGAAUGAUAGAGAGCCACCCACUGACAGGGACAGCGUUCCAGUGAGGCCUGAAACAUCUGUAGAGAGUGAAGUAGAACCAGUAGUGAUUGAAAACUGGAAGAUUAUUAAAGAACCAACUCUGGCUGCCCAAGUUUUCAAAGAUAAUCUACUAAGUGAACAUGCAACCGGGAAGCCUCUUAAACUGAAACUGGAUGUAAGGGAGCGUGAGGAGGACAGGGAACGGGCACUUCUCUCAUUCUAUAAACAGCAACAGGAAUGGGCAUGUCCACUUCAUUGUACCCUUGAUGGAGGAGUGGGCCAAACUCUGCUAUUUGAAGGUGAGCCUGACCAUCUCGUUCCAGCUGCAUCAGAGGUGCUUAUUGAGAGCAACCUCUUCCGGGUUGCAGGAAGGAUGAUAGCCCACUCCUUUUUGCAUGAUGGCCCCCAUGUCACCGGAUUAAGUCCUGCUGUUAUUCAUGUACUGUUCAAUGGGGACCCUGAAAUGGCAACAAUUGUUGUCGAGGACUGUCCUGAUCUGCACAUCAGGAGUAUUAUAACAAUGCUUGAACUUGAAGAACUUACUCAGGAACAGAAGGACACAGUGUCAGAUCUUUCCCUGUCUUGGGAUCUCCCAGCAGUCACUAAAACGAAUCAGAGGUGGCUACAUAACAAACUUCUAGUACACGCGGUCAUCGGGAGGACCAUGCGCCAAAUUAAACAGUUGAGAAAGGGAUUGAAAGAUGUGAUGCUAUGGCCCCUGCUGACAUCAAGGCCAGAUGUUGUCCCACUUCUUUUUCUGAAAAUGGCAGGAAUGCAGUUUGUACCCCAGAUGUUCCUAGACAAAAUCACAUGGCCUGUGGAGGACAGUGAUGAUGAAGAACUUGACAUUGAGUGCAAGUGCCGCAUCACUGGUUUUCUACGGAUGUUCAUUGAAACAGCUUCAUCAGAUACUCUGGCUCAGUUGCUGAAGUUCUGGGUCGGCUGGGAAAUGCUCCCUCCAGAACUCAAAGUGGAGUUUUCCGGGGGAACCUUCCCAUCAUCCUCCACAUGCUUUGAAACACUGAAGCUGCCAGCUCAUUACAACACCUACAAAGACUUUGAGGAAGCACUUGUUGCUGCCAUAGACAGUGCACACACUGGAUUUGCUCUUGUUUAAGUAUUUUCAGGCAAUGAUGUUGCUGUGCUUUUAUUCAGUAGAAAAAGGUCAAUUUGAGUGAAGUGAGUUCAGUGUUUUUCUAACAUUUCAAAUACAGUGCAGUAUUUUCUUUCCCUGAAAAUGACACUGCUUUGUUGUUGCUCUUCUGUCAACUGUUUGAUACUUCAGUGUGCAUCACCUUGCUGUCCUUGCCUGUUGUCAUUGGCUACAUGAGGUUGUUGAAAUAUCUCUUGAUGCUAGAAAAAUUGGUUUUAUUUGCAUUAAAACAGCA